AUGACAAAUAACUUUGAGAGAACUCUUGGCGAAGGAGGGUUUGGAGUUGUGUACCACGGUAACUUAAACGGUAACGAACAAGUAGCUGUUAAAGUAGACCUUCUUCUGAGAGUACAUCACAUAAAUUUGGUAAGCCUUGUUGGUUAUUGUGACGAAGGACAACACUUGGUCCUCAUCUAUGAGUACAUGUCCAACGGAAACUUAAAACAACAUCUAUCCGGAGAAUAUGCUACUACUCCUUUGAGUUGGGAAAAUAGACUAAGAAUUGCCGCAGACACAGCACAAGGAUUGGAGUACUUACACAUCGGAUGCAAACCACCAAUGAUUCAUAGAGAUAUCAAAUCUACGAAUAUACUUCUUGAUAAGAAUUUUCAAGCUAAACUUGGCGAUUUUGGACUUUCAAGAUCUUUUCCAGUGGGUAGUGAAACUCAUGUGUCAACCAACAUUGCUGGAUCGCCAGGUUAUCUUGACCCUGAAUAUUACAGAACAAACUGGCUGACAGAGAAGAGCGAUGUCUUCAGUUUUGGAGUCGUAUUACUGGAAAUCAUUACUAGCCAGCCCGUGAUUGACCAUACACGUGAAAAGUCUCACAUAGGAGAAUGGGUUGGAUUUAGAUUAACUAACGGAGAUAUCAAAAACAUUGUGGAUCCAAGUCUCAUUGGGGAUUAUGACUCUAGUUCAGUUUGGAAGGCUCUUGAGCUAGCAAUGUCAUGCGUUAGUCCAUCCUCGUCUGGAAGACCAAACAUGUCCCAGGUUGCAAAUGAACUAAAAGAGUGUCUCUUAUCUGAAAACUCAAGGAAAGAAGGUAAACAUGAUGUGGACUCCAAAAGUUCUGUUGAACUGAGCACGAGCUUUGGGACUAAACACACUCCUGAUGCACGCUAAUUAAUGCCAAGAGUCCCCCACAGUGUGUGUUUGAAUAACAAAAACAUCUCUUCCAUCCGAAAGGAAAACAAUUUCUUUUGAUUUUCUUUUUAUGUUCCGUGUAUCAUAUUUGGUUUAAUCGAUCAAAUACAUUGACAAAUACUUGAGAGGGAUUUUUUUUUUCACUUUAAAGCUUUUUAUAAUUUUAAAAGAAUGAAUGUUAUAUGUACCUUUUUUAAAGAAUAUAUAGAGUUUGAACUGUAA